AUGAGUUCGAUUUCUAUGUUAUCUGUACUAGAAAACUUACAUGUAUCACCAACUCCUGACACUAUAAGUGAUAGUACAUCUUUGCCGAUGACUUUCAUGGACAUACAACAUAUACUUACACCCCCACCACACACGGCUUUAUUCUUUAAACUUCCACUUACCAAAGCCGAAUUCAUUGCAUCUAUUGUUCCCAAGCUUAAACACUCGUUAUCAAUCACCCUUGGACAUUUUCUCCCUUUUGCUGGUAACCUAAUCGUAUACGCUACUAAUACUACGAUGCCUGAAAUCCUUUAUGUCGAAGGUGAUUAUGUCAAGGUUACGAUUGCAGAAUGUAAUCUUGAUUUUAAUGAUCUUACGGGAUACCAUCCUCGAAACUGUGAUAAGUUUUACCAUCUUAUACCUCUACUUGGAAAUUACGUUAAAACAUCAAAUUACGUAAAGAUUCCAGUCUUAUCCCUUCAAGUCACAUUAUUUCCAAAUAGUGGUUUUUCGCUUGUGGUGACUUCGCAUCAUUGCCUUACUGAUGCUAGCACCCUUUUUUGUUUCAUGAAUGCGUGGGCAUCGAUUGCUAAAUGUGGUUCAGAUGAGUCCUUUUUAGCAAAUGGGAAUCUACCAUUUUUCGGAAGAGUAGUAGUGAAUGACCCGGAAAGAGAUAAAUCAUCUCUAAUGAUGGCAAAAGUUGAAACACUUUUCGAUAAAGAGUACUAUCAACCCCCAAAGCUAUCUGGCCCAAGUGAUAAAGUCCGUGGAUCGUUCGUGUUAACACGGACUUUCAUAGAUCAGUUGAAGAACUCGGUUUCAACCAUACUCCCAACAUUACCAUACGUAUCAUCUUUUACUGUAAUAUGUGCUCAUAUAUGGUGUUGCCUUGCAAAGACGUUCAACGAAGAUGGACGACAAGGAUUUAUGUUCGGAGUGGAUGCUAGGAGACGUUUGGAUCCACCUAUUCCAACAUCCUAUGUUGGUAAUUGUAUUGUUGAUAAUAUGACGAUUGCAAAAGGCACCCUUUUAACCGGAAAUGAAGGGUUCGUUACUGCUGCGAAAUUAAUAGGAGAAAACCUACAUAAAAUGUUGACGGGUAAACAUGAUAUUCUUGCAAAUAAAUUGAUAGGAGAAAAACUACAUGAAAUGGCAACCGAUAAAGAUGGAUGGCCAAAAAGACUAGUAGUCGUAGCCGGGACACCAAAAGUAAGAUACUAUGACUUGGAUUUCGGAUGGGGGAAACCAGAAAAGCUUGAAAAACUUACAUUGGACCAUUUUUUCGUCUAUGGUGGACUCGCCGUAUCUAUGGAUGGCGGCAAACUCAACCAAGAUGUAGAGAUAGGCGUUCGCCUUACGGCUACCCAAAUGGAAACUUUUGCUUUCGAGUUCAACAAAGCGCCCGAAGCAUAA